GCAGCGCCGGCGUUUACCGCCUUUCCGGAAGCGCGGGAGUCUUGGUCUCUAUUACCUUCGCUUAGGCAGUUGUACCGUAGUACCGUUAGGUUCUUCAUUUCCCUGAGACUUUACGGCCGUUUGAGGUGAAAUGGCUCCGGGCGAGAGAGGAACAAACGGUGGCAAUGGAGGGGCCGCCACUACCUCAGGCUGCCCGUAGGGAGGGAGCAUGAGGGGCCUCUGAGUCGUUUGGGCCUGCCCUUAGUUCCUUUGCAGUAAUACUGCCUACCGCGAAGAUGAGCUCGGUCUGGGUCACCUCUUUCGAGAAGGAGCAUCUUUGGAUGUAUCUGCAGGCGCUCGGCUUUGAGCCAGGCCCGGCCACCAUUGCCUGCGGAAAGAUCGUGUCUCACACGCACCUCGGAGUGAACAUGUUUGACAAGCUGAAUCGUGAUGCCUUUCAAAUCGUUUCUUAUUUUUUGUUCCAAACGCUGGACCAGUCUCUCACCAAAGAAGUUUUCAAGCUUUGUUGGCCUCCGUUUGACCAAAAAAGUGACACUGAAUUCCGGAAACAUUGCUGUGAAUGGUUAAAAAAGAUUUCUGCUGAAUGUGGAAGUGGCUUUCCUCAAGUUGUUGGUUCACUAUUUCUUUCUCCUGGUGGUCCUAAAUUUAUUCAUCUGAUGUAUCAUUUUGCAAGAUUUGUUGCAAUAAAAUAUAUAAAAACCCAUUCUAGAAAUUCAUCUAUACAUUUUACAGAGACAUUUAAUGUAAAGCCACAAGAUAUGCAUAAAUGCAUUGCCAGAUGCCAUAUAGCACGCAAUAGAUUUUUACAUAUUUUGCAAAGAGAAGAUUGUGUUAUCCGAGAGUAUCAGGAAAAUGCACAAUUGUCAGUUAAACAAGUACAAAAUUUGAGAUCAGAGUGUAUGGGACAGGAAAACCAAAUAAAAAAAAUGGAACCCUAUGAUGACCAAAGUAAUAUACAAGAGAAAAUCCAAAAGGUGCGGUCAUUGUGGGCCUCAGUGAAUGAAACACUCACGUUUUUGGAAAAAGAAAGAGAAGUUGUUAAUGCAGUCCUUAGUCUUGUUAACCAGUAUACUUUAGAUGGAACUAAUGUCGCUAUCGAUAUUCCAAGGCUCUUACUUGACAAAAUUGAGAAACAAAUGGGUCAGUUGCACAUAGGAAAUGUUUAUGAGGCUGGAAAAUUGAACCUGUUAACAGUUAUUCAGUUAUUAAAUGAAGUUUUGAAAGUAGUGAAAUACGAACGUUAUCAGGCUGACCCAGCAAGACUGACAAUAGACCUUCAAUUCCUUGAAAAAGAGACCAAACUUCAGAGAGAAAGAUUAUCAGAUCUGAAGCGUAUGAGGUGUAAAGUAAAAGAAGAUCUCACAACUAUAAAACAUUCUGUUGCUGAAAGGCAAGGAGAAUGGCAUAAAAAGUGGAAAGAAUUUCUUGGUCUGUCUCCUUUCAGUCUAGUUAAAGGUUCGACUCCAGCUGUGGAUCUUUUACCACCAAUGUCUCCCCUUUCAUUUGAUCCUGCCUCGGAAGAAGUGUAUGCUAGGAGUAUUCUUUUGCGGUAUCCUGCUUCACUUCCAGAUAUACCUAAGCAACAUAACCAAGAAAAUGAUUGCAGGAGAGCCAGUGAUAUACCGGCAACUUUACAUGAUCUAACCAACAGACCUGCUUCUUUCCUGUUGCAGCCAGUUUCAUCAUUGGGUAGAAACAGUGUUAGACUGCUUGAAAAGGACAUGAAGAUAAGAACUCCUAGAGAAGGAAAUGAAACACCUUCUAAGGAAACACCAAAAUUUGAAAUGGAAGGCUCUUCAUCAUCAAAUACUGCAAGAAAUACAGAGAAUACUGCAUUUGCAGGGUCUCUGCCAGCUAAAAAUAGUGAUCCAUUCCAAAAAGAGCAGGAUCAUAUGGUAGAAGAGGUUGCAAGGGCAGUUUUAUCUGACUCACCACAGCCCUCUAAAGGAAAAGAACUAAAAUUACAGGAACUAAUUGAUACUCUAGUUUCUAACCCAUUCUUAACAAGGAACCAAAUUCCCCGAACGCCAGAAAAUUUGAUAAGCGAAAUUAGGAGCUCAUGGAGAAAAGCUGUGGAAAUGGAAGGUAAUAGAAGUACAGAACUAAUACAGAUGGAUACCGAAGAUAGAGAAAUAUCACCAGAAUCCUUACCUGUGUUGCAUAAUCAAAGAGAAUUUAGCAGGACCAGUUUUCUCUCAGCAACCUCUGUGUCCGAUUCUAGCCAUUUCCAUUUGCCUGAAGAGAAAGUUGUUUCCGAUUGCCUCAAGUGUGUGCCUCAGAAACAUGCGGGGACCAGUCACAUUGGUGGACUGUCAACACAACAUCAGUCAGAUGUGUUAAACAAGAAAAUAAUGGACAAGCAAGGUUUGGAGUGUGCAGCGUUACAGAACAGGCUUUUAGAAACUAGCCAAACAGAGACAUUCUCCCCUGCUGUAGGUAAUAGGAGAGUUGUGAUGGGCAGCAGUGAAGAGGAACAUGUUAAAAUAGCAGACCACUCAAAAGCUUCUUACAAAGAACCUUUCGUGCAUAAAAGUAUGUUAUGGGACUCUUUUCAAGUAUCAAGUGGAAUUAGUUCCACAAGUUUAAAGGAUAUUGAUUUUGGCAUAUUACAUGAAACUCUUCCAGAAGAAGUUGGUCACUUAAGUCUUAAUAGCUCCAGUAGUACAGAGGCCAAUUUUAAACUGGAACCAGAUAGUCCUGUGCACAGUGGCAUUUUUCCCGAGGAUGUUGUGGGAGAAAGACCAACUACUCCAGAAUCAGACUUUAAUUUACAGGGUAUUUGCCGUAGAUAUGAAGCUCUGAAAAAAUCUCUGUCCAAGAAAAGAGAAGAAACUGACUUUUCCAAUCCUGAAACACUUGAAAGACACAAACCAGAAUUGAGCCCUACUCCCAGAAACAUGCAAACAGAUGAUAUGCUUGACUUUUUGAACAGUCAUGAUUUGCACACUGACUAUACAAAACCGUCUUUACGCAUGUCCCUUGGUGAAAGAAAACAGUCUCUUUCACCACUAAUUAAGUUUUCUCCAGUGGAACAAAGAUUGAGAACCACAGUACCAUGUAGUUUUGGAGAACUUCUACCUAACUUAAAAGAAGAAGUCUUGAAUAAGAGCCUUGAUGAAACAAAUCUCCAUCAGACUUGAAAAGAUGAAAGCAGAAGCCCAGUUAAUUCAACUAUGA